CGAAUAGUACAUAUUAUACUGACGACUUGUAUUUCAAAAGAUGACAUCUGUGUGGCUCCUACAUUAUCUUCCUAACAUUUGACGUCUUCUUCCUCUUCUUCCGACGUGAAAGGCACUUUGAAAUAUCGUCGUUGUUGUCGGCACACGUUAGAGCUCAGCGGCAUUACCAAUAAAGCUUCGGGUUCUCAUUUUAUCCGAUAGUUACGACAACCCUUCUUUCUAUUUCCCCCAAAUCAUAUGCGAUUUUAUGAAUCGCCAAAGUUCAAAACUACCGAGCAGGAAUGCACAGCUGAAUUAGCAGGAAUUCUCGAAACAUCGCCCAAAGUCGCUCGAUUACUUCAGGGCAUUUUUACACUUAAUCCUCGAGCGCUUAAACGGGGAGUCACUUGUAGACCAUGUCAUGGCACCGAACAAUCGUCAAGAAUGGGUUAUUAUGACGGACGAUAUAAACGUGUCGUGUUAUGUUGUGACAACAUUCGAUCCAAGCAACAACAGGAGGAGACGCUCGUACAUGAGUUAGUGCACGCUUUUGAUGCUAGCCGGACAGGUCGUUUUACUAGCAUGUGUCAUGUCGUUGCCUGUGGCGAGAUAAGAGCGUCCGCGAUAGGACAGUGCCAUGAUAUAAAGUCCCCAUCACGAAAACGAGAAUGCAUUUGGGAAGACGCUGUUCGAUCCACAGCCAUCCAUUGUGGCGGCAAGGAUUUCGCCACGGUGUUCGUCCAGCAAGUGUUUGAGAAUUGCGUUAAGGAUACUGCACCUUUCAUCCAGCCGAGGGCAGCGACUCAUCAGCAAAAGCAGCAGCAGCAAUAACAAUACAGCGGCACAUCCUCCCUUCACAACAACAACAACAACAACAGCAACAAAGAGCAUCGUCGUAUAAAUUGAUCUCAAUUAA